AUGCACAUGUACCGAAGCUCACCAAGAAGGCCUGCCCAGACGAAACCCGAAGAAUCCACUGUUCAAUUCUUACCUGACCAUUAUGGAUCAAUAUUCAAAGAAAGGUGGCACCCAUACCGCAGAAAAGAUAGUUAUAGGAUGAGAAAGGUGGUGUAUACGGCUCGAUUUCGUCAGUUCAAAAUCUCUAAUUCAGGCCUAUAUAAAGGCAAAACUUCACCUUAUGGAAUCUGGGAGCAGGGAAUGAAGGCAGCAAGAUAA